AUGGAUCAAAUGAAUGAUGAGCUUAAUUCAACUUAUUUAACUUUUGGUGGGCAUGUGGAUUUGCACAAAUAUAAAUUCCUGUAUUUCGUGAUCAUGUUGACCAUUUAUAUUCUAAUACUCUGUGGCAAUUUGGGGAUUUUUUGCAUCAUCUGCAUUCAAAAAAGCCUUCAUGAGCCUAUGUACAUUUUCAUUGCAGCACUGUUGCUGAACUCUGCUGCUUUCAGCACUAACAUCUACCCAAGACUUCUGAUUGACUUUUUAUCUAACCAGCAGGUCAUAUCUCGGUCACUUUGCAGUCUUCAGAGUUUUAUUUAUUAUUCUUUAAGUGGUUCUGAAUUCUUACUUUUGUCAGUGAUGGCCUACGACAGGUACGUGUCUAUAUGCAAACCAUUGCAAUAUGCAACUAUCAUGAGAAAAAGGACUGUCAACAUUUUGCUGGUUUUCUCUUGGCUUGCGCCUGCUUGUCAGCUUGUACCAUCGGUCAUAAUGAGCAGUAGUCUAAAACUCUGCAGCUUUACUUUGAAUGCAGUUAUUUGUAACAACGCAUUGAGCAAACUUUACUGCAUGACUUCCACAACAAUAUAUUUAGCUUACGGUGUUUUUAUCCUGCUGACCACUGUGCUCCUCCCAAUGCUUUUCAUUCUUUUCACUUACUCAAAGAUAUUUAUAAUCGCCAUCCAAAGCUGCAGAGAAGUCAGGAACAAAGCUGCUCAGACCUGUUUACCUCACCUGCUGGUUUUAUUUAGCUUUUCAUGCUUGUGUUCAUAUGAUGUGAUUAUAGCUCGACUGCAAAUAGAUUUCACCAAAACCGCUCGUUUGAUAAUGACUUUGCAAAUAGUGAUGUAUCAUCCUCUCUUCAAUCCAAUCAUAUACGGACUGAAAAUGAAGGAAAUCUCCAAACACCUUAAGAGGCUGUUUAUCAGGCCAAAAAUAACCGGUUUCUAG